UGAAGAGACGAAGGUUGAGUGGUUGCGACCGCGUUGCCGACCUCGGGGAGCAGUCGGCUUCUUCACGUACAACCCGGGAGUAGGAGAUUCAGAAUCGAAUCUCUUCUCCUUCCCCCUUCGGUGAGAUUUUUUUGAUCUUCAGCUACAUUUUUUUGGCUUUGUGAGGAACCUUAUCUUCAAAGACAAUGGCCAGCAAUGUUACCAACAAGACAGAUCCUCGCUCCAUGAACUCCCGUGUAUUCAUUGGAAAUCUCAAUACUCUUGUGGUCAAGAAAUCUGAUGUGGAGGCAAUCUUCUCAAAAUAUGGCAAAAUUGUGGGUUGCUCUGUUCAUAAGGGCUUUGCCUUUGUUCAGUAUGUUAAUGAGAGAAAUGCCCGGGCUGCUGUGGCAGGAGAGGAUGGCAGAAUGAUUGCUGGCCAGGUUUUAGAUAUUAAUCUGGCUGCAGAGCCAAAAGUGAACCGAGGAAAAGCAGGUGUGAAACGAUCUGCAGCGGAGAUGUACGGCUCCUCUUUUGACUUGGACUAUGACUUUCAACGGGAUUAUUAUGACAGGAUGUACAGUUACCCAGCACGUGUUCCUCCUCCUCCUCCUAUUGCUCGGGCUGUAGUGCCCUCCAAACGCCAGCGUGUCUCAGGAAACACCUCUCGGAGGGGCAAAAGUGGCUUCAAUUCUAAGAGUGGACAGCGAGGAUCUUCUUCCAAGUCUGGAAAGUUGAAAGGAGAUGACCUUCAGACCAUUAAGAAGGAAUUGACCCAGAUAAAACAAAAAGUGGAUUCUCUACUGGAAAGCCUGGAAAAAAUUGAAAAGGAACAGAGCAAACAAGGAGUAGAGAUGAAGAAUGAUAAGUCAGAAGAGGAGCAGAGCAGCAGCUCCCUGAAGAAAGAUGAGACUAAUGUGAAGAUGGAGUCUGAGGGGGGUGCAGAUGACUCUGCUGAGGAGGGGGACCUACUGGAUGAUGAUGAUAAUGAAGAUCGGGGGGAUGACCAGCUGGAGUUGAUCAAGGAUGAUGAAAAAGAGGCUGAGGAAGGAGAGGAUGACAGAGACAGCGCCAAUGGCGAGGAUGACUCUUAAGCACAUAGUGGGGUUUAGAAAUCUUGUCCCAUUAUUUCUUUACCUAGGCGCUUGUCUAAGAUCAAAAUUUUCACCAGAUCCUCUCCCCUAGUAUCUUCAGCACAUGCUCACUGUUACCCCAUCCUUGCCCUUCCCACGUUCAUUCAUUCAUACUGCCCUGCGCCUAGUCCCAUUCUCACUUCCUUUGACGCUCCCAGUAGUUAUGUUAAGUCUUAUCCUGUAAUUUUUGCUUUUAAUUUUGAUACCUCUUUAUGACUUAACAAUAAAAAGGAUGUAUGGUUUUUA